CACUCGGAUGUUUGAGUUUGAAUUUUGGAAACACGAUUUUCAUUGGAGCAUCUGAAAGAAUGUGUACAAAGAGUCAGAUUCGAAGUAGCUGGGGCUAUUUAAAAGCAAGAAAUAGUCGCUGGUGAACCAUUCUCUUAUUUAGCAUCUACAGUGUCUCGCUUGCUUAACAAUGAAAAAAAACAAACGUGCAGAAGUGGAGAACAUUCAGAACCAGCCAUGUGUUUUCUGUAAACUGCCUGAUGACUGUCCAGAAAAGUAUGGGGAGAAGACGACUUGCACAAAGCACAACAUUACACUUCAUUAUUUCUGCCUUCUUAUGUCCAGUGGUGUAUAUCAACGUGGUGAAGAAAAUGAAGGGAUCUAUGGAUUUUUAGUUGAAGACAUACAAAAGGAGAUCAAUAGAUCUUCUAGAUUGGCUUGUCAUUUCUGCAAGAAGAGAGGAGCGUCUGUUGGAUGUUCAGUUAAAGCGUGUCGGAAGAGCUUCCAUUUCCCAUGUGGAUUAAAGAAAGAGUGUAUUUUCCAGUUUACACAAAUGUUUCCGUCAUUCUGCUGGAUCCACAGGCCUGUUCAGCGCGCAACAGUGUCAAGCAGGUUGAGUGGUCAAUACUCCUGUACCAUAUGCCUGGAUUUCAUUGAGCCAGCCUUGUCUUACAGUGUUUUGAAAUGUCCCUGUUGUAACAGUAGCUGGUUUCACAGGGAUUGUGUACAGCAUCAGGCCUAUAGUGCUGGAAUGUUCUUUUUUAGGUGCACUAUAUGCAACAACAAAGACAUGUUUCAGCAAGAGAUGCUCAGGAUGGGUAUAUACAUUCCAGAGAAGGAUGCCUCCUGGGAGCUAGAAGAAAAUGCGUAUAGUGAGCUGUUGCAGUCCUAUCAACAUUGCGAUGUCCGUCACUGUUUUUGCAGAAAAGGAAGAGAAUACAGUCAGCCCAACAGCAAGUGGGAAAUUGUAAGGUGCCAGUACUGCGGCUCCAGAGGAACUCAUCGAUCCUGCUCUUCUCUGAAAAGGUUCCAAGAAAAUUGGGUGUGCUCAGAAUGCAGAGCCAUCAUUCACAAAACAGAGACUUUACAAAGGACCAGUGUUGGUUCGUUGGCCUCUUCCCCAAUGAAGAAUGAAACCGCAAAGCAAUUAGUAAAACCUUCUCCAAAAAGGUCAAGACUGUCAGCCCUUUACCACAGGGACAUUCCGAGCAGGCAAUCAUUACAGACAUUACCAGCUAUGGAGAUUUUAAAGCAACUACAAGUGCAGAUUAACCUACUUGAAUUCACAAGAUUUACCAUCAACAAAGAAGAUGUCUUUAGGGGUGCCUUGUGCGCUUUGAGGCGUAAAGGGUUUGAUCCCCACCGUGUAAUUGCUGUGAAGUUUACAAACACAAGAAACACUUUUGAAACUGUGGCAAAUAAUCAGGGACACAGGAGGGAAUUCCUACGUCUACUGAUGCAUAAACUUGAAAAUUCCUCACUGUUUGAGGGCUCUUGUAGUAAGAACUUAGCACUAGACCCUCAAGCUUUGAGGGAGGAUCUGUACUAUGAUGCUGGACGGAUGAUUGGGCUAUCCCUCAUACAUGGUGGCCCAGCUCCCGGGUUCUUCUCAAAAAUGCUCUUUAAUUGCGUGCUGUACGGACCAGAAAACAUUGUACCCACCCUGGAGGACCUGGCUGAUGCAUGUGCCAUGCAAAAGGUCAAGAAGAUUGAAGAGGCAUUGACUCAGGAUGAGCUGGAAACCGCAAUUAAGGAAGCUUCUGAGUAUCUGGCUGUUGCCGGAUGUUUAAGACCAGACUGGACUUUGUGUGACAAGGAAAUAUUGAUGAAAGAAAUUCUAAACUUCCACUUGAUUACACAAAUGCAUGUGCCCAUUCAAAGAUUCUGUGAAGGGCUAAAAAUCCUUGGCCUUUUGGAAAAAAUUCAGUUGUUCCCAGAAGCCUUCGCUGAAUUGUUUUGCCACAAACCACAAAAACUUACAUCACUUAAACUUGGUGACCUUUUCACAGUCCACUGUUCUCUUGAUGGGAAUAGAAAGCUACGUGAGACUAAAGUUAUUGGCUUCUGGAGGCAAUACUUACAGGACUGUGAAGAUUCUGCAUGUCCUGUGUCCCUGGAGACCAUUCUUGUAUUUGCAACAGCAGCUGAUGCAGUUCCUCCCAUGGGCUUUGUCCCUGAACCCUCCAUAGAGUUUCUCCAUAAUCAAGGCCAGCUUCAAGAGAUGUUUCCACAAGGGGAGACAUCCUUCAACAUCCUGAAACUGCCAAUAGUUCAAACUUACGAAGAGUUUAGAAGGAGCAUGGAUUACGCCAUCUGUUGCAGUAUAUAAAAUAGUAGAAAGAAUGUACUUUUCCCAUUUUUUCAAUCGGUCAGUCUUUAUAUAGCACCUUUCAUAUGGACCACCUUCAAAAAGCGCUUUACAAGAUGCAAUAACAAGAAGAAAAUCCAU